GUUUUAGCUGUCAGUUCGUGGUUAAAACACUAAAUCUACUUUCUAACCUAUCGGCUGUUUACGGUGAAUUGUACUGAUUCCAUAUCCAUAUAUUCAUUCAAAGAAAGUACCUAGUCAUAUUUUUCAACAAUGCAGACCGAAAAAAAGGCCGAGAUACCUGCUACUAUGAAGUUUGUAUUGGGUGGAACUUCUGGCUUGUUGUUGCGCUAUAUGACCAUCACCCACCCUUGUUCUUUGCUGACAAUGACUUACUGUACCAACCUUGAUCUUGUACCAUAGAUUUUGAUUAUUUAUCAUUAAAAUGAAUAUCAUCAGUAUCAGUUUGAGUCUCAGUUUCCACUACUUGAAUUUGCAGAAUGUGUGCCUCUGUUUGCGUUCAACCUUUGGACCUCGUGAAAAACAGGAUGCAAAUGAGCGGUAUCGGAAGUGCUACUUCUGGUCAACGUAACAGUCUUCAAGUACUUCUGUCAGUCAUUAAAAAUGAAGGAUUUUUUGCGAUAUACUCAGGUUUAUCAGCUGGAUUACUUCGUCAAGCCACCUACUCAACUGCUCGUUUAGGCAUUUACACAAAUUUAUUUGAACAAUAUACAAAGCGUAAAAAAGAAUCUCCCAAUUUCUUCACUAAAAUAAGUAUAGCUGUAACUGCUGGGAUAUGCGGUGCAUUCAUUGGUACACCAGCCGAAAUUUGUCUUAUCCGUAUGACAUCUGAUGGCAGAUUACCACCAGCAGAACGUCUAAAUUAUUCCAAUGUGUUCAAUGCUCUAAUAAGAAUCGCUCGCGAAGAAGGAGUGUUGACAUUGUGGCGGGGUGCAGUCCCAACUAUGGGUCGAGCAGCUGUAGUUAAUGGUGCACAAUUAGCUACUUAUUCUCAAGCCAAACAAAAACUUCUUGAAGUCGGUCAUUUCACUGAUGGCUUGAAUGUACACAUAAUGGCUAGCUUAUUAAGUGGUUUUACUACAUCUGUUUUCUCUUUACCGAUUGAUAUUGCUAAGACUAGAAUUCAAAAUAUGAAAACUAUUGAUGGAAAACCAGAGUAUAAAAAUAUGGGGGAUGUUAUUUUACGAGUAGUACGAAAUGAAGGUAUUCUAUCACUAUGGAAAGGUUUUACACCAUAUUUUCUACGUAUUGGACCUCACACAGUAUUGACAUUUAUCUUUUUAGAACAAUUAAAUCGUUUAUAUAUAAAACAUGUAAUAGGUGAUACAAGUGGUCAACGUUCCGGUGGACUUUAAAACUAGUCAGUUCUUCACUAUUCUUAUUAUAUUUUCUUUUCUGUUAUCAACAAGUCAAGUAAAUCUUUUAUUAUGUUCUCCAGUGUCAAUUGAAGCGAUAACAUUCCUUAUUUGUGUAUAAUUUAUAUGCGCCAAUGUUACUGUCUAUACAUAGGGAAGUAUAUAUAUAUAUAUGCGUGUGUGUAUUGCAUAGUUACUUUUAAGUUUUUGUUUUAAAAAAAUUUUCUACUAGGCUCUUAUUGUUUUUUCUAUUAUUUAUGUGUAACUAUACAAUUUCUUCAUUCGUUUUCACUUCAAAAUGUAGUUGCAAUAAUCAUCUUAGAUGAUAUUCACAUGUUACAAUUGUUCAACUUAUCUGUCGAAAGUUUUUGUUUGGAAGUUUGUUUCGUUUUAAUUUCCACAUUCAAUAUUUAGUUCUUAUUCUAUGUGUGUAUAAGUGCAUAUAAUAAAAUUAACUGUGGAAUUG